AUGAACAACUACAGCACCAAUAGGGUAGCAAGCAGUGUAUCUAACCCAGGAGAUUUGCUGGAUUUUGAGACUUUAAGAACUACAUUUAUUAUUGUGGCCCCCUUAGGAUUUGUCGUUCACUUCCUUGGUGCGAUCACCAAUGGGAUCAACAUGUUCGUCUUUCGUAAACUAGGGCUCAAAGACGUGGUCACUCUGUCGUUCUUUGUUUUAUCCCUCUCCGAUUUUAUCUACACUCUCACCAACAUCAGCGGCAACAUCCCGCAAAUGGUGUAUGUGGCUAAUUUACAACGCGUCUGGUCGAAAGAUUUUCACAACAUCGCUCUCUACACGGCGGCCUACAGCGUCAUCUUCAAGGACACGACCUUGCUUGUCAUGACCUACAUCAACGUGACCCGCUGCUGUUUGGUCACGAUGCCGCUGCGGUUCAAGACGACCUUCACCUUGGAAAGAACCCGCCUGGCCUUGAAGGUCCUGACCGGGGUCAGCCUCCUGAUCCACCUGCCGCUCCUGUACGCCCAGUCCCUCGCCUGGAUGCCGGAUCCGGCCACCAACACCACCAGACUCGCCGCCGUCGACAACGCCGGCGCCGGCGAGAUCCUGGCCUUUCACGAUCUCGUCAACCGCAACGUCAUCUACUACCUGUGUCACGUGAUUAUCGCCGUCUGCCUCGUCGUUCUCAGCCUCGCUCUGGCUUCGGCCACAAGGCGUCGUCAGAGAAUCACGAACCGGAACAUCACGUCGCUAACGCAAGACUCGUCCGGCGCUGACUCCAUCCCCAAACUCAGCGCUAAAGACAUCCGCGUGAUCAAAGCCGUCUUAUCCGUCACGCUGCUAUACGCCGUGUGCUUUCUGCCCAUCGCUGCCCGGGCAUUAUGCCGAAUGCUGUUUCCAGAAUUCAAUGCUGGCAAGCGGUACAGCAACACGUACAACUUUGUGUACAUUUUAUCAGCAUUUGGCUCGUCCAUCAAUACCGCCUUCAACAUAUUUUUAUACUACCUCAACAACACCAGAUUUAGAGAUGUCGUUCUACAGGUGCUCCCGAUACUGUCACCAAAGCAUGAACUUCUAAAAUAA